CAAUUUUUUUACAAUUUAUUUGUGUGCUCACAACUUUCCAAUGGUCCUCGUGUUCCUCUUCGCACAGAAAUCCGAAAGAAAAAACCCAAGUUUGAGAGGCAAAACAACUCAUAAAAUCUUACUCUCUCUUUGUAUUAUUCAUAUCCUUCUCUUUUGUUCGUUCAAUCCAACAAGAAAUCAUGGCUCUAUCGAUCGACUACCUUGGUGACGAUGUUCUGAUGGAAAUCAUGACAUUUGCUUGCUACGGGGCGGGUCCGCUAGAGGUAGUAAGCCCUUCGGCACGAUUCGCCCAUGUAUCCAAGUGGUGGCGAAGCCUCUACCAGAAAGUGGUCGAGAAAGGGGGCUUUGUGACCAACGAAAUACGUGAAAUUACUGCAUCAUCUAUGGCCAUUAGCUCCAUGUCGCCAGAAACUGCCUUUCAUUUUGGAGGUCCUGUUCCAAGGCUCCGUGACCCCGUAUUCUUCUUCUGGUUUGACCGUUCGGUUACGAUCCGGGCGAUCUGCUUUAUUGUUGGAGGAACUCGACCAUCAGCUGUAAAAUGUAUCGCUGCGCCCCGCCACCUUGCACAUCCACUUUUUACCUGCUUCAUCGACAAAGAAUCUGGAGAGUCAGUGGAGAUUCCUGAGCUCCCAGACAAAUACGCCGUUUCGUCGGAGCUUUCUUUCGAUCGUGCCGAUUACGCUAAGAUCGUGGCGCACACAAUGCCUCAGGGAAAGGCCGCGAGUGAAGAAGAUCAUACAAAAGAGAUCUUGCCGUGUCUUCUAAAAAAUCCCGUGAAGGUCGACGCCAAUGAGUGCUUUUGCAUUUUCGCCCCGGGUUGCGAGGUAGAUAUCCGUGAGCCACCCCGGUUUAGUCGACUUUUUGAAUAAUUUGGCGUUUCCUGAUCGCUUGAUUCUCCAUUGCAGGAAUAAAGAAAAGAGACACACGCUUAUAUUUCAAUAAAAGCAAACUAUAAAU